AUGUCUGAUCAACAACCUCAAGUGGACGCGCAAGUUUCGGAGGCGAUAAACUCUGCGCUGGACCAGCUACAUCUAGAUGACUUACCAGAAUCUAGUGUGGCAGCUGAAACCGCCAACCCAGGCGGUAUACAGGGAGCUUCAGGCUCACCACCAGGUGGCAUGUUCCCCCCUCCACAGAUGAUGGGCAUGGGAUUUAUGCACUAUCCCCACAUGAUGCACCUUCCUCAUUCGCCAGGGUUUUUCCAUACACCAGGAGCCUCUGAAUCCUAUGGAAAUGACACCAACGUAGAUAUUGGAGCUGGGGGCCCACCAAUCUUCUCUUCUCCUCCCGCUGGAGGUUUAGAUAUAGGGCUAUCCGGAAAUGUUGAUCCCUUAUGGUCAAAUCAAGCCGAAGGACUAGGUGCCGAUUACAAGUUCAUUUCUGGAAAGCCACAGGACCCGGUGAACUCGUCCAGAAGACAGACCUUUCAUGCAAUCUCCGGCAAUGAAAUGUUGGAGAACAGCUCUGGUAUCCGGAACCAUAGCAUAUCUUUGGAAAAAUCAGACUCGCUUGGCUCAUCAGCGAAGCCUGCUGCUGAUGGAACUAAACCACAAACUCAAGCUUCCAACGUCCCCUACUCUGCGGCUGCUUACCCAUACGGCGGACCUUUAGUUCAACCUAACCCCGUUCUUUCUGGUCACCCACCCCCUGGGUCUGCUCCUGCCUAUGGUAUUCCAUCACCCUUCCCAGCAUACGGAUUUUCCUCACCAUUCCAGUCGUUUUCUCCAAUACCAGGUACUCCCCUGGCGAAUCAAGGCUCUGCCAUACCUCCUACGAAUUUGGAAGAAUUGGAGAAGUCUGGAGGUAACAUGGAGGUCGGAGGCCCACGUCAAGGCUCCUCUCAACCUCCAGCACCCUGGAUGUACAGUAAUCAUCCAUUUGGUCACAUGGUUCCUAUGUCGCAUCAUCAAAUGCUAACACAUGGGGGCAACAACAACUCUCACUAUCAUCCCUCUCAUCACGGGAAUCACCACUCAUCACAGGCGCGCAGGCAUAAAGGCGGCCAGAGCCAAAAGCCGUAUCAUCGUAAGGGCGAAGACCCUGCAAAGUAUGCCAAUGCAAAGCUUGAAGAUUAUCUUGGCAACAUAUACUCUCUUUGCAAAGAUCAACAUGGCUGCCGUUUUCUUCAGAAGCAAUUGGAUAUUGGUGGCCCAAAUGCUGCAACUGCAAUUUUUGAAGAGACUAAGCAAUACACGGUCGAGCUAAUGACUGAUUCUUUUGGGAAUUACUUGAUUCAGAAAUUACUGGAGAGAGUUAACGAUGAGCAACGGUUAACUUUGGUUAAAUCUUCAGCGCAGAGUUUUGUAUUCAUCGCAUUGGAUCCACAUGGCACGAGGGCGUUACAAAAAUUGGUCGAAUGUAUGAGAACUGACGAGGAAGCACAGAUUAUUAUCGAAUCUCUUCGUGAUUCAAUUGUGGACUUGAGUAGAGAUUUGAACGGUAAUCAUGUGGUUCAAAAAUGUCUACAAAAAUUGAAACCUGAAGAUGCUCAGUUUAUUUUCGACGCUGCUUGUAAAGAGUGCGUGAAGAUAGCCACACAUAGGCACGGUUGUUGCGUUUUACAACGGUGCUUGGACCAUGGAAAUGAGCAGCAAUGCAGACAAUUGUGCGAGCAAAUCAUUUCUCAUGUCGAUGAAUUAGCUAUUGAUCCAUUUGGCAAUUACGUGGUCCAGUAUAUCUUGACGAAGCAAACAGAACGUUCAGAUGCCGAAUACACCAAUAAGAUAGUAAACCUAUUGAAGCCAAGAAUCAUUGAGUUAUCGCUUCAUAAGUUUGGAUCUAACGUUAUUGAGAAAACUCUUCGUACACCUGUCGUCUCAGAGGUUAUGAUUACAGAGUUGCUCAAACGGGGAGGUGAAACCGGAAUAGAGCAACUGCUGCAUGAUGGAUAUGGUAACUACGUUCUUCAAACAGCUCUUGAUAUUGCUCGUGAAUCAAACAGCUAUCUGUAUCAGCGCCUUGCUGAAGCUAUAAAGCCCUUAUUAGUGGGCCCCAUCAGAAACACUCCUCAUGGAAGGAGGAUCAUGGGUAUAUUGGAGGUUGAGUAA